CGGCGCCGUGGGACGGGGACUGUGGUCGGAGUCCGGGCCUGACAGGCGAUGCCUGGUUAACGUCAGGCGCCGUCCGCCAGCACCAGGCCCCUCCCUCCGGCCAUCCCCGCCCGCGGCGCACGGAACCAGGCAGCGCCGCCCUCUCUCCCUCCCUCCCUCCCUCCCUCCUCGCCGAGCCAGCGCCGUGUCUGCCGCCUGCCACAGCCCGCCCGCCCGCCCGCCAGUGCCCAGGCCGCUGCCAUGUUCCGCCGGAUCCUGCAGAGGACAUCCCUUGCUUCCACGGGUUCUGAUGCAGAUACCUCAGUAACGGCAGCACCGGCUGUAGAAGUCAACAAUGAAGGUGGUUCUGAGGGGUUCAUCUGUCCCAUCUGUAUGCAAUCGUUUCUAACGCCAACUCAGCUGUUUGAGCAUGACCAGAACGAGCACACUGUGGCAGACAGGGCGAUACAGGAGCAACUUAAUCCAGAAGCGGCCAUUAGUGGUUUUAUUUGCCCGCUGUGUAUGAAGUCCCAUGCUUCAGCAGAGGAGCUCUUCAAACACUACGAGGUGUUUCAUGACCCAGGCAAUGAUUCUGGUCCCAGGGAGGAACAAACAAGUUUGAGAAGGGAUGAUGCGUUCCAUCAGCAAGAGCUACAAGACCUUAAGGCCUCCUUAAAGGAAGAACGCUGGUUCUCAGAGGAGCUGAAGAAAGAACUGGACAAAGUGCAAGGACAGCUGAAGCAAGCAUCCCAGUCGGCUGGAGCAACGUCUCCGAUUCCCCCAGAGAUUUCACACCUGCAGAGCCGAUUGGAAGACUCACAGGCAGAGAACAUGAAAAUCACACAGAUGAAAGACUUGCUCGAGCAGAAAGCUGCCACGUUUGCAGCGGAAUUAGUCGAUAUGAAAGCAAAAUUUGAUGACGAGAAAACCCACCGGGACCAUGCAGAGAUGACUCUGAAAUCUUUAAAGGAGGAGCUGGAAAAGGAGAAGGGCAUGGCUGAAGAACUCCAAAGUGAACUGCUGCAGCGGCCUGGAAUUGAGGAUGUGACGGUUCUGAAGAAGGAACUGGUGCAAGUCCAGACCCUGAUGGAUAAGAUGAGCCUGGAAAAAGAGAAACGAUCGGAUAACCUGAAGGAUGAAAAUGAGCGACUGAAGGUGGAGUUUGGGGCAGCAGAGGCCUCCAUGGUGGAGUUGAAGGCGGAGCAUGCCAAAAUUCUUCAGGAAAACGCCAGGCGUUGUGAGGAGAUUCAGACGAUCCAGAAGGAGUGUGACACAAUGAAGAAGCAAAACCAGAAACUCUCUGAAAAUCUAUCCAAGAAAGGAGUUGGAUUGCAGGAGCUGCAAGAUCGUCUGAACGACGAGGUGCUGAGUAAGAAGGGUUUGCAGACCUCGCUGCAGGAGAAGGAGCUGGAUCUCAAGCAGGUGCAGAUGAAGCUAUCGUCCGCCGAGGUCCUGAUGCACAGAGCGCACUCGGAGCUGAGCCAGAGCAGCGAUUCUGGCAACAAGCUGAAGGUAGAGCUGUCUGACAUGGAGAACAAGUAUCACCAACUCCGGGCUGAGUUCAAACAGACCCAGCAGCAGAGAGAGGAGAAGGAGCAGCAGGGUGGUCAACUGCAGAGCGAGAUCAAUCAGCUCCACGCAAAGCUUCUGGAUACGGAGCGGCAGCUUGGGGAGGUACAGGGCCGGUUGAAAGAGCAGAGGCAACUGUCCGGCGAGAAGUUGAAGGACAAGGAACAGCAAGUGGCUGACCUGCAGCUCAAACUCUCUCGCACCGAGGAGCAGGUGAAAGAGAGUGCAGCUGCCCUGACUGAAGUCCAACAUCAGCUGGACAAAGUAAAGCAACAGCACCAGGAGAUGCAGACUGGCCAGCAGAACACCACUUCCCAGCUGCGGGAAACACAGAAUGAUCUGGAGCAAGUGCUUCGGCAGAUCGGGGAUAAAGAUCAGAAGAUCCAGAAUCUGGAGGCUCUGCUGCAGAAGAGCAAGGAUAGUAUUGUCCACCUGGAAACCGAGCGGGAGGACCUGUUCGUCAAAAUCCAAGAUGGCAAGGGUGAUAUGGCUGUCCUGAACCAACUCCAGGAGAAGAACCAUGCUUUGCAAGAUCAGGUUGCCCAGUUAACAGAGAAGCUGAAAAAUCAAACGGAGAGCCAUAACCAAGCACAGGAGAACUUGCACAAGCAAAUGCAAGAGCAGAAAUCCCACCUGCACGUUGCUGAGGACCGGGCGCGCUCGCUCGAAACCACCAUCGGUGAACUUACCACUCAGCUCAGUGACACCAAGGAGAAGAUGAUCCAACUUGACCUGCAGGUGAAAGGGAAAACGGAGCUACUGCUGUCUGCAGAAGCGUCCAAAACCACACAGCGAGCUGACUUGGAAAACCACUUGGAAACCGCCAAGCACGCCCUGCAGGAUAAAGAGCAGGAGCUGACCAAGGCCAAGGCUCUGUUGGAUGAAGUUGUAUCAAAACUUCAUGAGAAAUCGGAGCACUGCAGUCAACUGGACACCAACCUGAGAGAAUUCAAGGAAAAGCAGCUCCAAUCUGAGCAGAGAAUGGAAGAGCUGGAAUCUCAGAUUAAGAAGUUGGAGUGUGACGUUGCGAAGAGUGAGGAGCGAGCCCAAGUGGACCAGAAGCAGCUCCACAAACAGCAGAAGGCCCAGGACAGCCAGAUCAAAGAACUCAACCUGCAGCUCGAGGCAGAGCGGAAAGUUCUCAGUGGCGUAAAGCAGGAACUGGAGGCCAAAUCGGAUGCCCUGGGCAAGGUUGGGCAGCAGUUACUGGAGUACAAGAGUGAGAAGGAGCGGCUGGCAGUGGACGUGAAGCACCGGUCCGACAGCGAGAGCAGGAUGCAGGGGGAGCUGGCGGCACUCAGUCUGCAGAAGCAAGCUUUGUCCCAGGAGCUGGCCGACACCAAGAAGCGUCUCUCCAAGGCCCUGGAGGAGGCGCGAGCAGAACUGGAGAGAGAUCGGCAUCAGAUGAGAACCACUGCUGGCGAGAAGGAAAGAUUGCACGAGCAAGUCAAACAGGAGCUGCAGAGGAAUCUUGAGAAUGCAACCAAUGAGGUGAACGAGCUGAAGACCUUGGUGCAGCAACAAGAGCAGAUGAAGAAGAGCACGGACGGACUGGCUGCCCGGCUGCAGGGCCAGCUGAGCGAGCGGCAGACAGCCGAGCAGCAGCUCCAGGCCAAGGUGAAGGAGUCGCUGGAGAGCCGGGAGCAGCAGAGAGACCAGUACGAGGCCCAGCUGAAAGACUUGACAAAGGAGCUUUCACAGAAGGCCGCCGCACUACCCAAACUGCAGCAGGAGGUGGCAGCACUGAGCGAGCAGCUGGCUGCCAAUAAAGGGACCCUGUCUGAGCUGCAGAAGGAAUAUCAGGGGGCUCAGACCAGCCUGGCGAAGCUGCAGUCAGAUAUGUAUGGCAAAGAGUCAGAACUCUCUUCAACCAGACACGACUUGAAGGCAAAGGAGGAGAAGUUGAUGCUGGCCGAAGAGGAGCUGGUGAGCAGCAGGAACCAGGCAGGUAGCAGCCAGCAGACGGUGCAGGAGCUGAAGCAAGCCAAAGCCUCGCUGGAGACCACCUUGGCCAACAGUGAUGCGGAGAGAAAGGAGGCAAAGAGCCGACUGCUGCAGAUGGAGAAAGAAAAGGGCUUUAAAGAAGAGGAAUUAGCAAAAGAGAAAGUGCGAAUAGAGGAGCUGCAAGGAGUCAGGACAUCCCUGGAGCAGCAGGUGAACAGAUCUAAGGAGGAGGCACGCAACAAGAAACAAGGCUACGACAAGGAGUUGUCGGCGCUGAGGGAGGCCAAGCAGCUGCUGAUCCAGCAGAAGCUGGAGCUUCAGGCCAAGGCGGACAGCACCAGGUCCAUACUGGAGCAGGAGAAAACCAGCCACCAGCUCACCAAGGCCAAGGUCGACGAGGCCCAGCAGAAUAUGAAGAAGCACCAAGCAGACUCGGACGCCAAACUGCAGCUGGAGGUGAAGGAGAGGGCCGGGCAGCGCAAGACGCACGAGGAGGCCGAGCUGAAGCUGAGCAUGCAGAUCACGGCGCUGAACGAGAACGUGGCCACUCUGAAGAAGGAGUGGCAGAGCAGCCAGCGGCGGGUGAGCGAGCUGGAGAAGCAGACGGACGACCUGCGCGGCGAGAUCGCCGUCCUGGAAGCCACCGUGCAGCACAACCAGGAGGAGAGGAGAGCCCUGCUGGAGAGGUGCCUCAGCAGCGAAGGGGAGAUGGAGAAGCUGCAGGGGAAGGUGAUGGACCUGAGGCGGAAGCUGGAUGACACGACAGCAGCCAUGCAGGAGCUGGGCCGAGAGAAUCAGGCACUGCAGAUUAAGCACACGCAAGCACUGAAUAGGAAGUGGACUGACGAUACUGACGUGUUGAAUUGUAUGUCCUGUGGAAAAGGGUUCUCAGUCACCAUAAGAAAGCACCACUGCAGAAACUGCGGGAACAUUUUCUGUGCCGAAUGCUCUGGCCAGAAUGCCUUAACCCCCUCGUCGAAGAAGCCUGUGCGAGUGUGCAACACGUGUUUCGGCGAGCUGCAGGGAUGAGCGGCCGGCAGACGGCGAGCCUGCAACCCCCUCCUCUCCCUCCUUCCCCUUGUGUCCGCGCUGGCUUUUUGUAUCCCCAACCAAGGAUGCGUGUGGAAGGUGUGGGCGCGGCCGCUGGAUGCUGCACGAAGGUCGGGAACCGUCCGCACCCACCCGGUCACGGUUCAGACAUUGGUGGGGUCCACACCUCUUGUAGAUUUAACGGGGGGUGGGCCUUCCUCUAACGGGGGAAAGUUGAUCAUCCAGGUUCAGGAAUAACCCAAUGAUUUUACCAGAAACCACACAAACAGACCGUGGCCGUAAAUAUAGUGAGAUUCUGCGUUGCACUGAGAUCUGGCGUAAAAACAUUUUGAAAGCGAGGGUUACCUUGUGGGCCCUCAUCAAGCUUUGGGCAAUGUACCUGCUUUAUGACUUCCCACUGGGUUCCUCUGGAAGCUGGUGAUGAUGAGAAACCCUCGGCUGCUGCCAUUGUGCGGGCGGGCGGGGGGAGGUGAUAUCUAGCAAAUGUUAACUGUUCUCCCCCUGGAGCUUUUUAUGGAGUGAUUGGAGCUGGGUGUUUGCUUACUAGUUUCUCUGUACACCUGAUGUCGAUCAGUUGUGACUAGUUCCAGUUCUGUCUCUAUCGGUUCUGUCCGUGAUCCAUCCGUUCCAUGUACUUGAGUGAUGGGGAAAGUGGCCAUUUUGUUUCUACUGCUCACCGCGGUCCUGUUGUGCCUCGGGACGGGUUGUAAGGUGAACCCGUGCAGCUCCGUCUCGCAUUUCACUUCACGGGCUGCUGGGGUGGGCUUCUUGGUGCCUCCGACUUCCUGGGUGGUCUGUGGCUAAACGUUAACAGCCAGCUCCUGCUCUCGGCAGUCAGUGUGGCCUCCUACAGGAGCACCCCGCUGCUGCUGAGCCACCCCUCACUCCCUCCUCCCUCCCGCCCGCCCGCACUCGAACCCUCCUCUUCAACACACACUGCCACCAUUCACAUGUCCAAUCCUUGUCUUUGCGUUACAGUAUUAAACUCUGCCUGAAACCGGAACAUCCACUGCUUUCCCUGGGAUUUUCCUCUUGAAAGUGAGGCAAGACCCAAAUGCUGAAUAUUUUAAAAGACCAUUUCCAAAAGUGGUGGGGUUAACUCAGCAGCAUCUCUCGAGAUGGACACAAAAUGCUGGAGUAGCUUAGAGGGAAGGCAGCAUCUCUGGAGGGAAGGAAUGGGUGGCGUUUCGGGUCGAGAUGUCACCCAUUCCUCCUCUCCAGAGAUGCUGCCUGUUCCGCUGAGCUACCUGUGUCUAUCUUCAGUGUAAACCAGCACCUGCAGUUCCUUCCAAAGCAUCUCCAGAGAACGUGGGUGGGUGACAUUUCCGGUCGGGACCCUUUUUCAAAUUCUGACCCAAAACGCCACCUAUCUAUGUUUUCAAGCAAUCCUGCCUGACCAGCUGAGUUCCUCACAACACUUUUGCGUCUUUUCUUGUAACCCAGCAUCUGCAGUUCCUUGUUUCUCCAUUUUACUGACUAUUUAAUAACAUUAUCCAAAUGCUGCCUGCUUUAUAGUUCCCACACCUCAAUCAUAUAUUAGUAUGCACGGUUACAUAAUAUUUCUUUUCCUUGUACAAACACAUUCGCACCCGCAACCCCAUUGCCAACCAUUUAAAAGGGGCGUUAUUUUAACGGGUGCUCCUUGCCAAAUAUAAACCUCUGCUAAAUUCACAAGAUUCAGCCACGGGAGGAGUUGCGGUUCACAAAUGUGGCACCAAUUCUGGUCCAGUUCUCCCUGCCCUCUUACACAACUCUUCUGUUAAUAGCGGAGUAAGCUUGAGAGAGAUGUCAUCACACCGACACUGGAUGGGCGAAAGGACAAGGUGCUGGCAGUCUUGAGUUUCCAUGCCUGUAUGACUCGCCUCACACAAACUAGUUGCUUCAUGGCUUGUUGUUUUAAACGAAAUGAUGUGAAUAAUAGGCAACUGUGUACAAAAAUUGUAUUAACUUCCGUACUAUCAUGUGAACCUGUGUAUAGAUAAUUUGAAGGUUUAAUUCUCACUACUGGAUGAAGAUCAUGUACAACUGUUUAUAGUACAACUGUUAAUUUGAACGGUGCCACCACAAUUACAUUUAUUGUUUAGUAAAA